UUUCCGACUACAACAACUAGCAGUCAUGUCGCAAAAGGUAGCCGUCGUUACCGGUUCCAACAAGGGCAUAGGACUAGCCGUCGUCAAGGCCCUCUGCAAGCGUUUCGAUGGAACAGUCUACCUGACAUCCAGGGACGAAGGCAGAGGCAAGGCAGCGGUAGCAGAACUCAACAAACUCGCACUCAAACCAGCCUAUCACCAACUCGAUGUCAUCGAUAGAAAAAGCAUAGAACGAUUCAGAGAUCACAUUAAGAAGAAUCAUGGAGGUAUUGAUGUUUUAGUCAACAACGCAGCCGUCGCUAACAGUGUCGCACUGUAUAAUAACUACGAGGAAUGCAAAUAUAUUGUAGACAUCAAUUAUAAGAGCUUGCUGACCAUUCAAGAAUUACUGUUCCCGCUUGUAAGGAAUAAUGGAAGAAUUGUAAACAUCUCCAGCGAUUGCGGACAUUUGUCUAACAUUAGAAAUAAAUACUGGAUCGACAGACUAUCGAAGAAAGAUCUGACAGUUGCGGAUAUCAACGAAUUCGUCGAUUGGUUCUUAGAAUCUGUGAAGAAUGAUAAAUUCAACUACGAUGACAUUGCUGAUAAUGGGACUGUAGCUGCGUACAGAGUUGCUAAAGUUGGUGUUAGUGCAUUAACUAUGUUGCAGCAGAAGGAAUUGGAACAACGUAAUAUUUCGGUCAAUUCUAUGCAUCCUGGGUUGGUUAGAACUGACAUGACGGUUGGCGCUGGGUUCUACAAUACCGAUGAGGCGGCAGAGACUCCUGUGUAUUUGGCUCUAGAUGCCCCCCAAACCCUGAAAGGGGCAUACGUGUGGUACGACAGAAAGGUGUUAGAUUGGUACGACUAUAAGGCCGAUUGGUUCUUUAAAACUAGCACUUUGAAGGCUUAACAACACAGAUAUUUAAA